AUGGCUUCUCAAUCUGGAAAGGAUCUCUCCUGUCCUGUCUGCCAUCACAUCUUUAAAGAUCCUGUUGUCCUGUCAUGCAGACACAGCUUCUGUAGACACUGUCUGAGGAGAUGGUGGAGAAAGAAACAAACAUGUGAGUGUCCAAUUUGUAAGGAAAGAUCUCUACUAAAAGAUCCACCUCGUAACUUGGCGUUAAAGAACCUGUGUGAGGCCUUCAAACAGGAGAGAGAUCAGAGAUCCUCAGAGUCUCUCUGCAGUCUGCACUCUGAGAAACUUAAACUCUUCUGUCUGGACCAUCAGCAGCCAGUUUGUCUCGUCUGCAGAGAUUCAGAAAAACACACCAACCACAGAUUCAGACCCAUCGAUGAAGCUGCACAGGAAUGCAAAGACGAGCUUCUGAAAACCCUGAAGCUCUUCCACGAAAAACGGAAGCUGUUUGAACAAGUUAGAGGAAACUGUGAUCAAACAGCAGAACACAUUAAGGUCCAGGCCCAACACACAGAGAGGCAGAUUAAGGAGCAGUUUAAGAAGCUUCACCAGUUUCUAGAGGAGGAAGAGGAGGCCAGGAUCACUGCUCUGAGGGAGGAAGAGGAGCAGAAGAGUCGGAUGAUGAAGGAGAAGAUGGAGGCUCUGAGCAGAGAGAUCGCAGCUCUGUCACACACAGUCAGAGCCACAGAGGACGAGCUGAGAGCUGAAGACGUCUCAUUCCUGAAGAACUACAAGGUUACAGUGGAAAGAGUCCAGCAGCACCCCCUGCUGGAUGAUCCACAGCUGGUCUCUGGAGCUCUGAUAGACGUGGCCAAACAUCUGGGUAACCUGACCUUCAACAUCUGGGACAAGAUGAAGGACAUGGUCUCCUGCAGUCCUGUGAUUCUGGAUCCAAACACUGCUCAUCCAGGAUUCAUCCUGUCUGAGGAUCUGACCAGUGUGAGUCAUGGAGAGAGACAGAAACUUCCUGACAAUCCAGAGAGGUUUGAUUUUUGGCCUUCUGUCCUGGGCUCUGAGGGUUUUAACUCAGGGGCUCACAGCUGGGACGUUGAGGUUGGAGACAAUACAAACUGGAGAGUUGGUGUGGCAACAGAGUCUGUUGAGAGGAAGGAACAACCACAGUCUGGAUUAUGGAGAAUAACGUUCUAUCAAAACGAAUACUCAGCAUGGUCACCACCAGCUCCAUCCACUGUUGUAUCAGUGAAGAAGAAGCUCCAGAGGAUCAGAGUUAAUCUGGACUGGAACAGAGGAAAACUGUCGUUCUCUGAUCUUGAUACUAACGCACACAUACACACCUUCACACACACUUUCACUGAGAGACUGUUUCCAUACCUCAGCAAUGGAAAUGCACUCCCACUGAAGAUAUUACCAGUGAAUGGGUCUACAGAAAGCAAAGAGUACCGUAUGAGUUGGUGGCCUUUUGGAUAA